AUGCGCGAAUUUCAAGUGGGUCAGCGUGUUACUAUCGGUGGUGAGAGCUGCACUAUCCGAUUCAUUGGAACGAUUCCUCAAUGGCCCGAGGAUGUGGCGGUAGGUGUUGAAUGGGACAACAAACUAAAGGGGAAGAAUGAUGGACAAUUGCAAAAUAUCCGAUAUUUUCACACCAUCAAGGGGCUUAAAACUGGGUCGUUCCUAAAAGAAAGGAAAUUAAACAGAGAUGCUCAAAGGGGAAGGUUUUUUUUCAAGAGUUUAGUCAACAAAUAUGCUGAUUUCUCAGUUCAUGAUCGAGAUAUCGAGACCAUCAAAUUUGGAUCAAAAAAUGUUCAAAGCUAUGGGUUUGAUAAUUUAAUGCAUAGCAAUUCAGAUUUAGAGGGGUUGAAAAUAGCAUCGCUAACUAAAGAAAGUAUCAUUGAUUGUGAAUUACUGAUGGGAAGCACCAGAAGCGUAUCUGAUUUAUAUAACUAUGAUUAUGGUCUUGAAAAAUACAUCCAGCUUUCAUUAUCAAAUAGCCAAAUGAAAUCUAUGAGGCUACCCUUAUUAGCCAAUUUAGACAUCUCUUCAAAUUUAUUCAGCUCAACCCAUCAGAUAUUCAAAAUUAUGCUUAAUUUGCCAAAUUUGGAGACCUUGAACUUAUCAAAUAAUAACUUUGUGAGUGAUGACACUUUUUUCGGCCAUUUAAUUUUGAACCACUCCUUGAGCAAAAAUUUCGGCCAAGAUAGCUUAAAACAUGCUAAGGGGAUGUUUUCUAACUUGAGGAAAAUUAAAAUAUCGAGCAAUUAUCUUCGAAAAUCAACUUUGAUGAUUGUUUUAUUACUAUUUGAUAAUUUAGAGGACCUUAAUCUAUCGGAUAACUUGAUUGAUGAUGAAUGGUUUUUAUGUGACUAUACUAGUGUCAUAGAGACUGAUAAACAUAUUGAGAUUCAGGAAAUUAUGCAGGAGGUAAAUUAUAUUUUUAAAGAUUGUUUGCAAGUUACGCAUUUAUCAACUGGCAAAUAUGAAAUUAAAGUUCAAUUUUUGAAAUUUUUGACAAUAAGUGACAAUAUCAAAAGAAUCACACUGUUGAAUUUAUCAUUCAAUAAGCUCACAAGCAUUCCAUGGAUUUUAAUUGAUGUUUUCAGGAAUGGAGGAUUGAUGGAGUUGAAUUUGUCCAACAAUCAAAUUCAUCUUUUGACCCAGGAUGAUGCCAAUUUGACUAAUAUCCCCGUAUCGUCUCAGCUCCUCAACAUAAAUUCUCUAACUAAACAGUACCAACCGUCGUCAUUAAUUGAAACCCAUAGCGAAGCGCUAAAAUAUAAUGAUCUUUCAUUGGAUUGGAAGUGGUUCAAGUUGUCAAGACUCAAUCUCAAUUGCAACCAAUUUACAACAUUCCAAGAAUUAGAUAUUAUAAACUUGAAAUUCCCAAAUUUAAAGCAGUUACAAAUCAAUGAUAAUAAUAAAAUAUGGAACAAACCAGAAGAAUUAGAAGAAUAUACUGCGAAAUUCAAUAAAAUCAAAAGCCGUGACCCGACAGCUUUUGGUGAUGGGACAUUGGAAGAUUUCAUAAUAGAGGAGAUUUUUGUCAGUGUGGUUUACCGUUUCAAUGAUUCGCUAGAAUACUUGAACAAAAGUAAGAUAUUGUUGGACGAACGCAAAAAUUCUGAGCUAUACUUCGUUGCUAAAUUGAAAGAGGGGUGUUUCAAUGAUUGUCAUUCUAGCGAAGCUAGAAGAUUUAUCUUUAGUAAUUUUGGUACGAAAAGGCUUGAUAUAUUGUGUGAUAGGUAUAAUGUCGAUAUUAUUGAGUUGCGCAAAGAUAUUGAUUGUCUAACAUCUAACAAGCUAAUAGAUCAUAGGAAACCAAAUACUAUAAAGUAUAAUCUUAUUGAUAUCACUUUACGAUUCCAUGAUGCAACAAUCAAUGAUUCCAAGAAAAUGAAAAAACCAACCUCACACUCCUCUAACGAAAUCAAGCAUACCUUUUUCAAUACAAUGACGAUUCUUCAAUUCAAAGGAAUUAUCAAGAGAUUGUUUGACGUUUAUUCAGUAUUGGAGCUUCGUAUAUUCUUCACUUUGCUGUUUGAAGAGUAUUACGGGAAAAAUAACGAUGAAGAGGUUAUUUACAAAACGGAAGAACUAGUCAACAACGAAGAUGAAUUGUAUCAGUAUGGCUUCAAGAAUGGUGAUGUGAUUGAUGUAUAUCACAACACUGAAAUAUUUGCAUAG